GGGAGGGGCUACGGAAGGGGGAGGGGCCGAGGGGUGGCACCAUGGCAACGGUAAACAACGGGGGUGACCCCGGCGGUGCGGGCAGGACCGGGGCCACCGUGGGGUGCCCCACGCCUCGCCCACACGGGAGCAGUGACGGAGAGGGGGGGUGCCGAGGGGCUGGCGCGUCCCGGGUGCCCCCCAGCCGGGGUCCGUGGCAGCGGGGCGUCCCGGGGGCCACGCGUGGCCGGGCCGCCGCCAUGAGGAUCGAGAGGUCGGGGGAAGCCACGGCGGGGCCGCCCGGCUCGGCCCGGUGCGGGCAGGCAGGGCACGGGGCACCCGUGGGGCAGCGCGGCUGCGGCCGCCCCCAGCUCAACCCCGAGCGGCUGAAGCAGGUCAGGCUCCACGUGGAGAGGGCCAUCAAGGACAAGAAGAUCUUCGCGCUGCAGGGCCCCUACCCCGUGAUCUGCCGCCUGCUGCGGGCGCGGGGCUGGGUGGAGAGGAAGGAGCGGGGCGCGGGCAGGGCGGGCGGCCCCCGGCAGCAGGAGGGAGGUGGCGGCAGCGAGGCCGCGCAGGGUGCCGUGACCCGCCGUGGGGUGCAGGGGAGCCCCGAGUCCUCGUGCUCCUCGUGGCUGCCUGGCGAGGAGGAGGAGGAGGAGGAGGAGGAGGAGGAGGAGGAGGAGGAGGAUGAGGAGGACCCCGAAGGCAUCCACGACCUCAUGUCCCGCCUGGUGCGGGACCAGGUGCCCUACUUCAUCUGGACCACCCGCUGCAGCGCCGUGCGGGGCCGCCUCCUGCAGCCCGACCAGGCGGUGAACCACUACGCCCGGGUGGGCUCCUUCACCACCAAGGAGGGGCUGUGCCUCACCCUGCGGAACCUGCCCUGGUUCGACCAAGCCGACCCCGACGCCUUCUUCCCCCGCUGCUACCGGCUGGGCGCCGCGGACGAGCGCCAGGCCUUCAUCGAGGAUUUCCGCCUCACCGCCGCGCGCGGCCUGCUCAAAGUGGCCCUGGAAAGGGCUCAGGACGCGCACGCGGGGCCGGAUCCGUCCCCAAACUCCGCGAGGCACCAGGUGACGCUGGGGGGGGGCUCCCGUUCCCGACCCGACAUCCCCGUCCCCACGCACCGAGGGUCCCUCGGAGGGGCGCAGCACCCCGUCCCUCACCCUGCGCCCCGCUCCCGCAGAGGGCCCGGGUGCCCAGCUGGUGGAGGAGGCGCUGCGGGUGUGCUGGCAGCACCUGGGCAGCCUCACCCACCGGGACAUCGACGGCGACCCCCGGCCCCCCGGCGCCACGGCUGCCAGCUGGGACGGCUUCCUGCGGGGCUGCUACUGCGUGGUGCAGUGAGUGCCGGGGUCGGGGACACCUCGGGGACACGGCUCGCACGCAGCAGGAUCGGUGCUGAGCCCCCCCCCCCGGGCCGUGCCCCCCGCAGCGAGGGGGCCGUGCCGCGGCUGAGCGGGGCGCAGCGGGAGCAGGGCCGGAUCCUGCUGCAGCGCCUGGCGGGGCGGCUGCCCCAGCUGCGCAUGGAGGGCGACCGCAACGUCUGGAUCCUCAAACCGGGAGCCGCGUCCCGGGGGAGAGGCAUCACGUGCGCGGCGCGCCUGGACGAGGUGCUGCGGCUGGCGGGCCAGGCGGCGCGGGAGGGCCGCUGGGUGGUGCAGAAAUACGUGGAGCGCCCGCUGCUCGUCUUCGGCACCAAGUUCGACGUCCGCCAGUGGUUCCUGGUGACCGACUGGAACCCGCUCACCGUCUGGUUCUACCGCCGCAGCUACCUGCGCUUCUGCUCCCAGCCCUUCUCCCUGCGGCGCCUGGACGCCGCCCGCCACCUCUGCAACCAAGCCGUGCAGCGGCGCUGCGGGCCCGGGGGGGGCCGGCACCCCCGGCUGCCCCCCGACAACACGUGGUCGUGCCGGCAGCUGCAGGCGUACCUGGCGCAGCGCGGGCAGGCGGACGCCUGGGGCGAGGUGAUGGUGCCGGGCAUGAAGGCGGCGGUGGUGCGGGCGGUGCGCUGCUCGCAGGGGCUGGUGCGGGGCCGGAAGGGCAGCUUCGAGCUCUACGGGGCCGAUUUUGUUUUCGGGGAGGAUUUCCGCCCUUGGCUGCUGGAGAUCAACGCCAGCCCCACCAUGGCCGGCAGCACGGCGGUUACGGGGCGGCUGUGCGCCGGGGUGCAGCGGGACACGCUGCGCGUCGUCAUCGACCGCAGGGACGACCCCGGCUGCUCCACGGGGGCCUUCGAGCUCAUCUACAAGGAGGUGGCCGUGCCCACCCCUCGCUACGUGGGGCUGAAGCUGGCGGUGGAGGGCUGCUCGCUCCGGAGACCCCGCCGCGCUCCCAAGCCCCCCGGCACCACGGCGAGCACCCGUGAGCCCCCGGGGAAGCCGUGGAGCCCCUCGUGCCCCACCCCGCAGCCCCCAUCCUGCUCCCCCGCAGCAGGGGGGGCGCAGGAUGGGGCCGGUGCCACCCGGGGCCGCGGGGGGCCCGGGGGGUGUCGCAGCUCGGGCACCGGCGCAGCCAGCCCUCGGUGGCUCUGCCCCUGCUCGGUGGCCGUCCCGGUGCCACCGUCCCCAUCCUGCCCCCCCGGGGAGCCCCCCCCAGCCGCCAGGGCCGGGCUCGCCUCAGCCCCCUGCCCCUGCCGCGGGCAGCUCAGCACCACGGCGGGGAGAAGGCACGGGGGGGCUCCGGGGGGGGCGAAGAGGAGCCGUGAUGCACCCAGCUGGCCCCCCCGGGUCUACCCCAGCGGCUCCAAUGGAUAA